AUGUCGCCUACUCCAGCUCUCAAGCGCGUUUGUAUUAUUGGGGCAGGCGCGUCUGGCAUGUCUGCGGCGUACGCGCUCAGCCGUCACCCUGACAAAUAUGAGGUGACGGUUUACGACAAGCAGAGCGUCACAGGGGGCAUGGCGACGUCCAUCGACAUCGACGCCGACAAGUAUGGCGCUUCGUAUAUCAACGACGGUGUGCAAGGUUGCAGCCCUGUCUUCGCGAACACCAUACGGAUGUUUAGGAUGCUCGGCUUUGAGGCAACCGAGGUGGGGAUGCAAAUUAGCUUCGGCAAGGAUAAGGAUUUUUGGACCAAUGUCUUCCCCACAAAUCUCGUGGCAAAGUUCCAGAGCGAUAUUAAGAAAUUCGGACAUGCUCUCUCAACCAUCAAGACGUUUGAACCUAUCUUUGCCAUGAUACCGGUUCACGUUAUGUUAAGAAUGUUUGGAUUCUCCAACGACUUCGGAGAAAAGAUGGUGUAUCCCCUUGUAGCCCUCUUCUUUGGCACGGGGAACCAAACUCCUUACAUAUCUUCAGCUAUUCUGGAGCGUGUAUUCAAAGACCCCAGCAUGCGUCUGUUUGAGUAUUCAGAGAAGAGCCUUCUCGCGAGCAUCCCUACCAUGCUCGCGUUCCCGAAGCUGCACGAUGUCUACCAGGCAUGGAGAGAAGAAAUCGAGUCUCACGGCAACGUAAAAUUCAAGCUUCACCACGAAGUUGUUGAGGUGGUCGCGCGCCACAGCAAGGGAAGAUCGUCGGUGUCCAGCCCCGUGCACAUCAAGUACAAGGUCGCUCAUGGCGGUCUCGAGAGUCAGCACAGAGAGAACUACUUCGACGAGCUUAUUCUUGCAGUGGAUGCGGACUCGUGCCUGAAGAUACUGGGAAAGCAGGCGUCUUGGAUGGAAAAGAAGGUCCUGGGCAACGUGAAAUACCUCUAUGACGUCACAAUCACACACAACGACCACGAUUACAUGCGCAAGUAUUAUGAAACAACCUACAACCCUGAACAUAACGCGCCCCUCGAGGCAAACUCUCCCGCUCAAGAUCGCCGCGAGACGGAACAGUCGUUCGCCUUCGCUGAAGAACAUUUCCGUCCGCUAUACUACACCAUGCAGUACCCGCAGGACAAGUCUAAGAUCGAGAUGAGCUUCGAUCUCACGCACUAUCAGCCCCAGUUCCGUGGCGAGAAACCUGCCGGACCGAUUGAUCCUCAAGACAAGUCUGAGCACCGGAACGAGUGCAACCCCUCCGCCGUGACGCGUGGCGCUCAGGAUGAAAGCAAGGGAACGAUCGGCGAGUCUGCGCGCACAGGCAAGGACGAUAAGGGCUGCGCCGAGCCACCGCUCGAGCAGCAUGUCUUUCAGACUAUUUUUCUCGAUCGUGACGGCUCGCAGGAUCUGUGGACGUGGAAGGACAUCAACCCCGAGAAGAAAAUCUACGAGAAGUGGUGGAAGCAGCAAAGUCAUCGCUGGCAGCACUACGCGGGCACUGUGCCCUGGAUGAUGUGGAUCAAUGGCAAGAACAAUACCUACUAUGCAGGUGCUUGGUCGGUGCUCAACAUGCAUGAACUUGCCGUUACUUCUGGCUUCGCCGCCGCCUAUCGCCUGGGCGCGGAGUACCCCUUCCAUAGCGACGAAGACUGUGAACGACUAUUUAGAAUGUACCUCGCAGCAAGCCACGGUGUCAGGAUGCGCAAAGAAGACAGAAAGGGUCUAUUGGCCUGA